GCCUGGAUUUCUCAUCCUCAUACAAGUAUACAGCAACACAAGCCAUGAGGGGUUUCCAGCUGCUACUCAUGCUGGCACUGCUUGCCGGGGAGUUGCACUGCGCAAGAACAGCAGCAGCAACACCAGCAGCAGCAGAUGCACCGGAGACUGCACCAGAUCAGUCUCCCGAACCACCACCAGCAGAUCAGCAAGCGCCACAGCAGGCGCCUGGGCCAACACCUCCUCCACCACCUCCACCUCCACGACGGCCACAUCGACGACCACCAAAGCAGGAUCCAGGACCACCGGCAGCACCAAACCAGGAUCCAGCACCACCGGAUGAUCAAGAGGAUCCUGCACCGCCAAGGUUGGUUGUGCCACCACAGGACCCUCCAACGCCGGCACCACCCGGAAUGAUCAACCGCACUUUGGGCUGUACUACACUCCUUGUACUUGGAGACUCAACCGUGGACCCCGGAAACAACAACCAUCUGCCCACCACAGCCAGGGCCAAUUUCUUGCCCUACGGCUUCAACUUCUACGGACGAAGGCCGACUGGCCGAUUUACCAAUGGCCGAUUAGCCACAGAUAUGUUAGCUGAGAAACUAGGUAUAUCGAGGAUUAUUCCAGGUUUUCUUGACCCGAAUCUGAGGUUGGCCCAGCUCAGGAGGGGUGUGAGCUUUGCAUCAGGCGGCUCCGGAUAUGACGACAGCACUGCCAACAGAAUAAAUGUGAUGUCAUUCUCUGCACAACUGCGCAACCUUUUCCGUUACAAGCUACUCAUCCGAACACUGCUUGGACCAAGAAGAGCAGAGCGACUUGUUAACAGGGCUGCCUUUGUGAUAAGCUCCGGUACAAAUGAUUUGCUUUCUGUCUAUCUUGCAACAAAUCGGUCAAAUGCAAUUAGUAUGGAACUGUAUGAGAAUCACCUGAUAGCACACGUCGCAAAUUAUACCCAGGCCAUGAUAAUGCUUGGAGGAAGGAGAUUUAUUUUUGUCGGACUGCCCCCGAUGGGUUGCUUGCCAAUUGCCCGAACUUUGGUGGGCACAGGAUCAGACAGAUGUGAUGAGACAUUGAAUCAGCUUGCAACUUCGUUCAACUCAAAGCUGAUUCAACUGUUGAAUUUCAUAAAUUUUCAGCACCAGAUAAGAACUGCAUACAUAGACACCUAUACUACUAUACAUUCCGCGACGGUGGAUCCUAAUGCCUUUGGCCUAAUAGAAGUGUCAAGAGGGUGCUGCGGAUCAGGGGUGAUUGAAGUUGGGCAAACAUGCAGAGGACGAAGAACAUGUGGAGACCCUAGCAAGUACCUAUACUGGGAUGCUGUCCAUCCAACGGAGACAAUGAACCAAAUCAUCGCAAAUGCGAUGAUGGAUUCCGUUAGAGAACUCUACAGCUAGGCUAAAGUGAAGAUGGCCGUGAUUCCGAGUCUGGAUUUGACAUCUUCAUCAAAGAUGAAGGGAAGGCUAGUUUAAUUAGAGUCAUGUGUAUCCAAAUGUACUGGAAGAGAGGUAAGUUAUACAGUAAUUUGUGUCCAAGGAAUGAGAGAGGUGAGAGACUACCAACAGUGUCAAAAUUGGUGAGCGGUGUUGACCGAUUAGUUGGGUGAGUGAUGCCAAUCGAACCAGAGGCCACCUCUUGUUUUUUUUCCUGAAACAGCAAAGCAGUGUAGAUUGAGGCCAAGUCUUUCAUGACCCAAAAAAAUAAAAAUGCAAACCAUCCAUUCCAUGAUA